GCAGCUGCUUGACGUGGGAAUAGAGCUGCCCCCCUCCAGCCGCCCGAGAUGCCCGCUUUCCAUAAGAACUCGCUGUCACCGUUUGCGAGUGCAGAACAGGACCAGGGCUUGAACAAUGAUAAUAUCGGUCCCGUAAGUGAAUCUACUCCACUAUUGGAUACGUCUGUGGAUGGGUUCGAAUCUACAGACAAUGACAAGCUGUUUGGAAGUCCCGUUGAACUAAGGAGAAGAGACGGCUGCAAAGACUCGUACUCUGCCUACUACAAGGCCUUUCAAACUCGUCUCCGAUAUUACGUUCCGGUGAUUGGAUGGCUUCCCAAAUAUAAUUUCCGAAGAAACUUGCAGUCUGACCUCAUUGCUGGGAUUACUGUUGCGUUCUUGCUGGUUCCACAAGGUCUAUCAUAUGCGCAGGCCUUAGUGAAGAUACCUCCUAUACACGGUUUAUUUACUGCAUCGAUACCUCUGCUUGUUUAUGGGUUUCUUGGAACGUCGAGACAACUGAGCCUUGGUCCUGAAGCCUUGAUAUCUAUUCUAGUAGGAGCAACCAUAAAAGAAUAUAGUGCGUCCAAAGAACCCCGCCAUGGCAGUAUACCGUCACUUGGGGCCGCAGAUCCGCAACAGGAAGCAGUCGAGAUCGCUCUCGUACUUUGCCUCAUGGUCGGCAUCCUCACUUUUCUCCUCGGUUUCUUCAGACUGGGCUUCCUGGACUCGGUUCUAUCCCGCGCCUUACUGCGCGGAUUUGUUUUAGCUGUCGCCAUGGUGGUGAUGAUUGACAUGGCGGACACAUUGCUGGGCAUCAGUCCACCUUCAAAUCAAUGUGGUCAUGGUCCAUCGAAACCUGUCGAUCCAGCUCCUGAUGGCGAAUCGCCAAUUCAGAAACUCUUCGACACUUUGUCGAAGUUGGGCCAAGCUCACCCAUUGACAACAAUACUCUCCGCAUCUAGUAUAUCGUUCCUUAUCGGUAUGAAGGUGCUGAAAGCAAAGUUCGGCAAAAAGCGGUGGCUUCAAGUGAUUCCCGAAAUUUUAGUCCUUGUGGUCGUCACAACGAUAUUGUGUCAGGUCUUCCGAUGGGAUUGUCAGGGAGUGGCUAUCUUGAAUGUGAAGGGAUCUGACUCAGCGGAGUAUCGCUAUCCAAAACUGCCAACCAUGACACUGUCACGAAUACGAGCCCUGAUGCUCUCCGCAAUUCUGAUCUCGGUGAUCGGUUUUGUGGAAUCGAUCGUCGUCGCAAAGACAUAUGCGACCAAACACAAUUACAGCGUGUCUCCAAAUCGGGAGCUGGUGGCGAUCGGGGUUUCUAACAUAGUUGGAAGUAUAUUGGGGGCGUAUCCAGCAUUUGGGUCUCUGGGGCGUUCUGCUGUAAACGACACGGCUGGAGCGAAGACACAAAUGGCCGGGUUUUUUACCGGUAUCGUCGUGCUUUGUACCACUAUUUGGCUGCUUCCGUUCUUUCAGUUUUUGCCAAAAGCGGUGUGCUCCUCCAUCAUCGUUGUCGCCGCGCUGAAACUGGUAGAACUGGAAGAUGUCCACUUUAUGUUACGCCUUCGAGCAUGGAAGGACGUGGGUUUGAUGAUGAUAACAUUUUUAACCACGAUCCUCCUCUCAAUUGAAUCGGGAACGUUACUAUCGGUCGGUAUUUCGCUCCUCUUGGUGAUAAAGCAUACGACAAAGACCCGUUUGGCUAUCUUGGGACAUAUCCUCGUUGUGGAUCCUCGUACUGGCAAUGUGAAGACAAAGUAUCGAAGCAUUCAUGACUCAGAUAAGGUUCAACGAAUCGAAGAUGCUUUGGUAGUUCGUGUAGAGGAAGGGCUGUUCUUUGGAAACUCAGGCCAAUUGAAAGAUCGCCUCAAACGCAUAGAAAUGUACGGCGAUCUAGGUGUACACCCUGGCGAGGAGCCACGGAGAAUACCAGCGACUCGACGGCGAUCGCAGAGUCGACCUGAGGAGCAAGCCAUGGAAGAGGGCCAUUCCCCAGCGGAUGAUCAUAUUCGUGCGGUGGUCUUUGAUUUCGGCGCAGUCACUGCUAUUGAUGCCAGUGCAACGUUGACCCUAUUGGAAAUCGUUGAAGACUACAAACACCGGAAUAUGGAAGUGUGCUUUGUUAAACUUCGGGAAUCAUGCAAGCAUGCUUUCCUGCGGUCCGGCCUGUAUGAUCUUGUCGGGCCAAGUCACUUUUUUCGGAAAGUCCGCGAUGCUACAGAAUACCUGAAGAGUACCGAUCGUCGACGAAUGCCGCAGGACCCAAAUCAACCAGAAAGCAUGGCACCCAGAGACAUUGUGAUUCCUGGAAAUGGGCAGGGCGCCAGUAGUCAGCAACACGCGCAGGAGUGGACGGUACCAAAUAAAAAAGGGUCUUUCGCCGCCAGUAGCUAUUUUGCUUCAUACAUGGAGGACGCUGAGCUUGAGCGGAGAAGUGGGGUUAUUAUUAGGGGAGAACCUCAAAGUGAGGUGGAGGAAGACAUCUUUGUUACAGGUAGUGACAAUGCUGGGUCGCAUACCGGAUUUGCAAAACGUUUUCGUGCGCGUAGCGGUAAAAUUCCGCUUGGGUUAGCGACACUUUUUGAUGAACGGAAUUCUGUGGAGUUAACAACGGACAGCGAAGUGGAGAGUCCUGGUUUCGGCCCUGAUGCUGAAGAUACCGUUCGUUCCGGAAGGGUGCCAACGGAUGGACACGUGUAAUUAGGAAGCAUUAUCUAUUGUACAUAUCAUCAUUCGCCGGGUUGCGGUGUACGGCUGAAUGGUGCUAAUUCAUGCUAUAGACGGAAUUGAUAUAUAUAUAUAUAUAUACAAGGUUCGUUCAAUGAAAAUCCCG